AUGGCUUCAAUUGGCUGGGUUAUUAUUGCGGUGCUUUCUGCACUAGCCACCUCCGGCGCCCACGGUGAUGGUAACCUCACUUUCGUCUGCCAGCCAGAUCAGGCUGCAAGCCUCCUCCAGCUAAAGAAAUCCUUCUCGUUCUUCCACUACCCCAGCGCCCUUGAGUCAUGGCAGGAUGGCAUUGACUGUUGUCUUUGGGAAGGUGUUGGCUGCAGCAACUCCUCAGGCCAUGUCACCGCUCUGGAACUCAGUGGGCGUGGCUUGUACAGUCAAGGCAUUGACCCUGCAAUCUUCAACCUCACCUCGCUCCAACCACUCGACCUUAGCAUGAAUUAUUUUGGCGAGUAUAGUCUCAUCCAAUUCAGGUUUGAGAGGCUGCCCUUGCUCACCCACCUCAACCUCUCCCAUUUAGGUUUUCAAGGCCAGAUACCUAUUCGAAUUGGCGGACUUACCAAUCUUAUCUCCUUGGAUCUUUCUUCUAAUUAUGAUCUUGAGUAUGUUUACACUGAUCCCAACUUCCAGAUCCUUGUGGCCAACCUCAACAAUCUGAGAGAGCUCUACCUUGAUGGAGUGGAUAUGUCUAGCAGCGGAGAAUGGUGCCAUGCUCUUGCUAAAUCUCUUCCCCGUCUCCAAGUUCUUAGCUUGAGUUAUUAUAAGCUCGUCGGUCCUAUCUGUCCAUCCCUCUCAAACCUCCACUCCCUAACUGUGAUCAACCUCGAGGGAAACUUCGGUAUACCUACGGUUGUGGCUCCUUUUCCAGAGUUUUUCAUGGAUCUUCUCAAUUUAAGUGUGCUCCGACUUGCUGCGACAAAUCUCCAAGUUGGCAAACUCAAGAGCUUGAGAAGGCUAUCAAUCAAUGAGUGCAUCUUCACUAGGUCAGCGCUAUCAACAUUUGGUAAUCUAGUAGGCUUGACAAGCUUGGAGGUCUUCUCUUGCCACUUUAAUGGCCCAAUACCAUCCGCAAUUGGCAACCUGACAGAGUUGAAAAGCUUGAAUAUCAACAACUGUGAUUUCUUAGGGCCAGUACCAUCUUCAAUUGGCAAGCUCAUGAACCUGAGAAGCUUGGAAAUAUUUGGUGUUUACAACGAUAUUGGACCAAUGCCAUCUGCAGUAGGCAAUCUUAGUAACUUGGAGAGUUUGAAAAUAUUUGCAACCAAGUUUUCUGGACCAAUACCCUAUGCGGUUGGGCUACUCAAGAAGUUAACAUCACUAGAUAUUCGAAUGUCUGGCUUUUCUGGAAGCAUACCAAAUUCAAUAUCUAAUUUGACUCGCCUAAUUGUGUUAGAUCUUUCAUUAAAUGAUCUCAGUGGGGAACUUCCAGUAUCAAUUUUCACUAUUCCGACAUUGCAACGCCUAGAUAUUUUCUCAAGCCAAAUAUUUGGCUCUAUACAAGAUAUCAACGUGACAUAUUCACAUUUGGUAUCAGUGGAUCUAAGCAGAAAUAACUUGAUGGGAAAUAUUCCUGAGACAUUCUUUCAGCUCACAAGUUUGGCUUAUCUUGAUAUUGGCUGGAAUAACUUGAUGGGAAAUAUUCCCGAGUCAUUCUUUCAGCUCACAAGUUUGGCUUAUCUUGAUAUUUGCUCGAAUAACUUAAUGGGUUCGGUGGAUCUUUCCUCGUUUUGGAGGUUACAAAAUCUCGUCCAUUUGGGUCUUUCCAACAACAAUCUAUCAGUUACAGACAUAUAUGGAGAAGGUAAAAACUCUCUUUGUACCUAUCUCCCUCGAGUAACCUGGUUGGAACUAGCAAGAUGCAAUUUAACAAGAUUCCCAUGUUCAUUGGCACCCCUUAAUCAAAUGUCCUACUUGGACUUGUCAUGCAAUAGAAUCAGUAGUGCUAUUCCAAAGUGGAUAUGGGAAACAUGGAACAGUAGCCUUAGAUAUUUGAAUCUUUCACAUAACAUGUUCAGCAUUACGCAACAUCCUUCUUCUGUUCUCCCUUUCUAUAAGUUGGGUGCUCUAGAUCUCAGUUCCAACCAACUUCAGGGGAAGAUUCCUAUGCCAAGCCCGCCAGCAUUUUUCUUGGAUUAUUCAAACAACAAUUUCUCUUCGGUACCUCCAAACUUCACUCUAUAUCUUGGCUUUCAAUUCAAGAUUUCCAAAAACAAUAUUAGUGGACACAUACCAAACUCAAUUUGUAAUUCACGUACUAGUGUCCUUGACCUAUCAUUUAACAGCUUCAGUGGAUGGAUACCACACUGUCUAAUAGAAGAAGGUUCCAUGAGUGUGUUGAGUUUGAGGGAGAAUCAAUUUGAAGGUGUGUUGCCUAACAUUAUCAAAGACCAAUGUGUGCUUCAGAUAUUAGACUUGAACAACAAUAAAUUUGAAGGGCAGCUUCCAAAGACACUUACCAAGUGCUUGCAGCUAGAGUUCCUUGACAUAGGAAACAAUCACAUGGUAGGUACCUUUCCAUCAUGGCUGGGGGUACUCUCCGGACUUCGUGUGCUUGUCUUGAGAUCCAACCGAUUCUAUGGCUCAAUGGGUGGUGAUCUUCACAGCGAUGAAAAAUCUGGAGAAUACUUCUUUAACUUGCAGAUUCUUGAUGUUGCCUCAAACAAUUUCUUCGGCAAUUUGAGUCCAGAAUGGUUUGAUGGGUUGAAAUCAAUGAUGAAUGAGUUGAAUACUACAGGUGAUAUUCUCGGGGAUAAUAAUUCAUCUGAUUCUGGGAUGCAAGCAGGAGCUUCAUAUCAGGAUACUGUUACUAUAUAUUACAAAAGCGUCUACGGGACAUUUGAUAAGGUCUUGACUACAUUAACAGUAAUUGACCUGUCAAAUAAUUCAUUUGAUGGCACCAUUCCUGAAUCGCUUGGGAGACUUACUUCGUUACAUGUACUAAACAUGUCAGGCAAUGCCUUCACCGGUGAUAUUCCGCAGGAAUUUGGCAGGAUGACUCAACUAGAAUCAUUAGAUCUGUCUCAAAACCAGCUUUCUGGUGAUAUUCCGGAUGCGCUAACAAAUCUCACCUUUCUUGGUAUCUUGAACUUGUCCAACAAUCAGUUGGUGGGAAGGAUACCUCGGUCAGGUCAAUUUGCAACUUUCCAAAAUAAUUCAUUUGAAGGGAAUCUGGGGCUGUGUGGACUGCCAUUGUCCAACCCAUGCGGCAUUCGACCCGCUCCUCCAAGUGUGGCGCAUGGGGAGAAGUCCUCUCAUGUGGAUGUCAUCUUGUUUCUCUUCGUCGGGCUGGGGUUUGGUAUCGGAUUUGCAGCUGCCAUCCUCAUGAGAUGGGGUCAGAUUGGCAAAUGGUUUGUGAAAUCUGCAAGAGCUUUGAGGACUUGA